CGGCUGUUCUGUGAAUUUACAAUCCCAACAUGCGAACACCUGGGAUUUUUAUUUUCGGGUUGGUGCUCGCGCCUUGCGGGUUGAUUUUGGAUCUGGUCAGCACCGUGGCCCCGAGCUGGCGCACCAUCAGUAAUAUACCUGGAGAGUCCUCUGAUCUGGUUCUCCAACAAGGACUAUGGGACAUCUGCCGGACUUUCACAUCAUCUCGGGACAUUCAAUGCAACCAACAGAACACACAAUACUUCAACACACAGAUCGUCCAGAUUGCGCGCGGUCUGAUGUUGGCAUCACUCAUUCUCAAUGCCAUUGCUAUCGGCGUGGCAUCAGUUGGAGUGAGGUGUUGGACGAAUAACGCACCGCACUGGAUUGUCGCUGGCAUCGGGGGUCUUCUCAUUUUCAUCUCGGGGGUCCUCGCUAUCAUCCCGGUGGCGUGGUACACUCACAUCAUGAGCUCCAUCACCUCUUCAUCCACCGAUAUUCGUGUAGGAUACUGCCUAGUGCUGGGCUUCAUAGGUGGGAUCCUGGAAGUGUUCGGAGGUUUGGUGAUGUCCAUCGGGUUAUGCUGGAGUUGUGGUGAACGGAACCCAAAGGAAAGACCGUGGACAGACGUGGUGAGGUCCACGCGUCAUCCUUCUCCUCCUCAAAGGAUGACAGUACAGAGUAGUCCUAUAAGCAGUAUCAGCAGCGCGAGCAGUGCUCCAUAUUACUCCAAAGACACUGAUAUGGACUUCCCAAAAGCGAAGAGGCACCAGGAACGUUUUGUGAACUCUCCACACAGAGCAAGACCCUACGAUUCAGAUUUGUAAAAAAAAGACUGCACACACUUUUAACCUAGUGAUCUAACGGAAUUUACACCAUAGAAGAAAGAACGCUUAUAAAGAAGUAGCCUACCAUGGUUACGGUUUCCGCGGAGAAAUGCCAGAGUUAAGGGCCGUUCACACCGUAGGCUUAUGCGACUUUGCUCUUACACAAGAAAGACGCAGGGUUACGAACAGACAACAACGGAGGUGUCUCGAGACGCGUUUAAGUUUUUUUAAGGGACGCCAAACACGUCCUUAUACUGAAAAACAUAUAGGCGCAACCGACAGAACGCAGAUGAGUUUUUAAAAUUUGACGUGUUUUUAACUUGACACGGUGUCUAAAAACGUACAGUGCUCCUGAAAAAAAUAAAAAAUAAAUAAGCAAUCCCGCCAUUCUAUGAAAAACAAAACGGGGCGGACGGUCGCUAGAAUACAUUAAUUGUGAACACCCCCUUAAGGGGGUCGCACACCGAACGAGAAGCGCAGCGCAGCGCCGCGCCGCGCCGCGCCACGUCUAGAACAACUCACAGGUAUCGCACACCGGACGCGCACAUUCUAUUCGCGCGAGCUCAAUUUUGAAUCAACUCCUGGUAGAAGUCUAGAAGAGCUGCA